AUGCAACAAUCAUCAAGAUCUACCAACUGUAAUACCAUUAUGUUGGAUGACAUUGAUAUGGAACUGGUAAGAAGAAAGUAUUUUGGAACUGCUAAAAAUAACAAAAGUAGCGGUGGUAAUAAUGAUGAUAACAUGACAGGACAUUCAGAAAUGAUGGCAUCUUGUACUAGGCUUUAUGAUCAGCUAGAUAAAAUAUCAGAUUUACUUUGUGAUUUCACUGAAUUAUCUAAAACAUAUCUUAAAAAGGAUUCAAAAAAGUUGAUAGAUUUACAAAAUAAAUGGUCAAAAAAUAUUUUAAAAAUGGAAAACUUGGUUAAGCAUUUGAAAAUUUUAGGUCAUGAUUAUGCUAUACCACAAGAAAUAAUAGAUUUUAAAUUUGAAGAUCUAAUCAAUAAAAAUUCAAGAUCAAAUUAA